AUGAACGGAAGGCAAGCAGGAUCGUCGAAAUUCAGCGAUUUUUUGACGGAGACCGAUUACCGUUCGAAAAGUUCCGACAGAUUGGCCAAAACGUCCUUGGAACACAAAGGUCAGUCUUCUGAUGACUAUGGGAAUGAAUGGAAAAGACAGUCGUUUUUGAAUCGGGCGAAAAUGAACCAGAGGGAGACAAGGCGAUGUAAAGCAAAGAAUUGCCGAGGAGAAGGAGCUCAUCUUCUCUCGGAAAAGAAAAAGAAAGCAGCCAUGCGAGCGAUAAUUUUGUUGGUUUUUCCAACAAUUUCCAGAUUGCUCUCUUCCUUAGUCUCUCUCUCUCUUCUUCUAGAUUCACAUUCGAACAGCGAUAAUCAAGUGAAAGUGGAGGAGCUGUCGUCGUCGGAACACGAGGAAUCGUCAAGUUAUCAUGUGAGGGGAAGAAUAAGAAUUAGGGAAAUAUCUGGAAUUUGCAGCCACCAGACAAUUUCGAUGAAAUGGGCGGCGGUGAUUUCGAUGAGAGCGAUGACGGAACAACGACAGAAAAAAAAGAGACAGCCAGGCAAAAGUAGGCAAUGAUUGACAGACUUCCGAUUGACAGUGACCGGCUUGCAGAUUCCGCCGAUUCAGGCACAAAGAAUACCAAUGUGACGAGUGUGAGCGCAUGUUCACUCUCAAACACAACUUGCAAAAUCACUUUGUCCAGGUGCCAGUCACAGAAAACAGAUGCAUUCAAAGUGCUCUCGCUCUUUUCAGUACCAUAUGGGAUGGAAGACUCUGCACAAGUCGUGUCCUUCUUGCAAGUGCACCAUCUGCGGAAAGAUCUACUCGGCGGCGUCGGUGCUCGCGGAGCACAUGCUUCAAGCGCAUCAGUUAUGAACGAAUUCCCACGCAUACAUCGAAUAACUUUACAAUUACAGACAAUCCGGAGAAACAGAAGAGUGCACAAUAUGCGGUGAGAGGUUCAUCACUCGGACUGCUCUGAAACAGCACACGAAAGAGCACAGUCGAGUACUGAAGACGUGCCCGUACGCUGAAUGUCGAGGCAUGAAGUUCAAGUUGAGCAAAGUGGGUGAAACAAGAGACCAAUUUAUUGUGUCUCACAUUUAUUUGGAUUCAGGACCUCAACGAGCACGUGCGCCUCGAGCAUAAACUCGGAGAGCUGGCUUGCUCUGUGUGCAGUAUGGUGUUCCGACAGCUGUCGGCUAAGAUUAAGCACGAGGAAGAACAUGAACAAGGUCCGUUGUGCACUUGAUCGCUGCGAAAUAGAAAUGAGGUUUCAGAACUACGAGAAAUGGAAGAAAAGUAUCCGGAGAUAGGGCAGAAAGCUCAGGUGAGAGCUUGAUCUUUAUGGAUGGGUUGUAAUAAAACGGAGCACUUUCAAGUUCUGCUCUAAUCAACUAAUGCAUCCCAUUUUUCAGUGCGAUCUGGACCUCGUGAAGCGUGUAGACUCGUCUCUGUCACCCCCUCCAGCCAAACACCGCAGAAUCUUCCGUCCAGAAGUCGAAGCAAUUCCCAUCACCAAAAAGAGGAUGAAACGGUUGACCAAGGACGAAAUUAUAGCUAAAAUUAAAAAGUGA